CGCAGAGCUCCUGCGUUGGUCUCCUCGGCGAUGGCAGACGCUCCUCUUUCCGCACGCGACCAUGACCAUCCCCGUCGUACGCAAGCGAGCUAAGCACGCCAAGGUUCGAUCAGGCUGUCGAACCUGCAAAGAGAGACGCAUAAAGUGUGACGAGCGCCGGCCGAUAUGCCAGAAAUGCAUCAGUGCUGGCAAGGAAUGUUCCGGUUACGAAAGCUCCUCGUCUCCCACACCAAAUACUCACGUCCAACUCCGACCCAAAGCUGAUAUCAACCUCCUAAUCCCCACAUUGGCCUCGUCAUCCUGUGCUUUGACGAGCUCAGAGGCAUAUGCGUUCGACUACUUUCGCCAAAGGGCUUUCGAACAUCUGCCCGGAAACAACUGGCUCAUGAACUGGCAUCGUCUCAUUCUGCCUUUUUGCCAGACAGAACCAGCCAUCAUGCAUGCCGCCGCUGCCCUCGGCUCACUUAGUCGAGCCAUGACUGCAGAUAUCUCGGAACAGAGACAAGAUCAUACACGAUUGGCCCUGAUGCAGUACAACAAGACUAUCUUCACGCUUCGUAGCUGCAUCGAACCCUUCUACAAGCAAGACCCGGCUAGCCAGGCAGAGCUUGUAUUGACGGUCUGUCUGUUGCUAUUCAGCUUUGACGUGCUCCAAGGAAACGAUGCUGCCUCCUUCAUCCAUCUCCGCAAUGGCCUCAAAAUCCUGUUCGAGCAGAUAGAGCGUACGCAGGGCAAGCGAGCAUCUGCGGGAAAACGACUCGUUCCACUCCAGGUGCAGCCGAAGACUAGAAUGGACAUCUUGACUCAGACAUUCAUUCGACUAGAUGCCGACCUUGCCCUUCUUUUGGACGAGGAUGCUUAUCUAUUUCCAACAUGUUCUCAACCGGUACCUGGAACAUUCAAAUCAUUAGACGAAGCAAUGGUGCACCUGGAUGCGUUGGAGCGCAAGGUGAACGAUGUUUGGGGCGGGUGGUACACACAAGCCGAGAACGACUUCCGCGAGGAACGGCCUGACAUGGUGUCUCUAGACGAGCCUGCCUGGGACUGCUUGGCCAUGGCUUUUAUGGACCAAAUCCUCGAGUCAUAUCCGAGCAUUGUGGAGCAAGUGGUCGAAGUGAAGCAAGAGCUGCUCAACUUCAUGAAUGCUUUGGCUUUCGUACCCGCCACGGAAGAGUUCGAUCCCUCAAGAGCACUAGUGGACAUUCAUUUCUUCUAUUUGUGGCUCAUC